GUUCUCUUUAAAAUACCCUCUCUAAACCCUCUCUUCUCCUUUCCGCUGCUGCUGUUGCUGUUGGUAUUAGGACCGCUGGGAGUGAGGCUGUCUGUCCUUCCCUACCCUUCAUUGCUUCCGCUGUCUUUUCUCUUCCGCUUCAGAAGGGUUUCUGCCAUUCACCAGAGUGAAAGAGGAUGGCUACGAGUCUCGGAACGAAUACGGAUAUAUCAAGAAGUCUAGCAGCUACAGUUAAACCAUCUUUUGGAAAGCCCCGAACCCGCCAACUCUGUCAAUUCGGCGCAUCAGUUGGUUCUGUUAGUAGGAAGUGUCAGCUUCUGUCUGUCAAUAGUGGAGCAGCACAAGCUAGAACGCGUGCUAGGAGCCUAUCUAAGGAUUCAAGUGUCAUCACCGCUGUAAUGGAUGGUGAGAAUCUCAGCUACAAAAAAGCUGGGGUGGAUAUUGAUGCGGGGUCGGAGCUUGUCCGGAGAAUAGCAAAGAUGGCUCCUGGGAUUGGAGGCUUCGGAGGUCUUUUCCCUUUCGGGGAUUCUUACCUUGUUGCUGGAACGGAUGGAGUGGGAACUAAACUCAAACUUGCAUUUGAAACGGGACUCCAUGAAACUAUUGGAAUUGAUCUGGUUGCUAUGAGUGUGAAUGACAUAGUUACUUCUGGCGCGAAACCUUUGUUUUUCCUUGAUUAUUUCGCGACGAGCAGUCUUGAUGUCGACCUCGCUGAGAAGGUCAUAAAAGGUAUUGUGGAUGGGUGUGAACAAUCAGGAUGUGUUCUGUUGGGGGGAGAGACAGCAGAAAUGCCUGACUUCUACAAAGAGGGUGAAUAUGAUCUCAGUGGAUUUGCCGUAGGCAGUGUGGACAAGGGUUCAGUCAUAGAUGGAAGAGACAUUGUGGCGGGUGACGUCCUCAUUGGUUUGCCAUCAAGUGGGGUUCAUUCCAACGGUUUCUCACUUGUCAGAAGAGUUGUGGCCAGAAGUGGUCUCUCAUUAAAGGACCUGCUUCCCGGUGGAGAUGUUACAUUAGGAGAAGCUCUCAUGGCUCCAACUGUUAUAUAUGUGAAGCAGGUUCUUGACCUUAUCAGCCGAGGAGGUGUGAAAGGGAUCGCGCACAUAACUGGUGGCGGUUUCACCGACAAUAUACCUCGAGUUUUUCCCAAAGGUCUUGGUGCUGUUAUAAAUAAGAAUUCUUGGCCUGUCCCUCAACUCUUCAAGUGGAUGCAAGAGGUGGGAAACAUCGAAGAUUCUGAGAUGAGGCGGACAUUUAACAUGGGCAUCGGGAUGGUCCUGGUGGUUAGCGCUAAGGCAGCCCAAGGGAUACUCGUUGACGAAAAAAUGGUUGCUUACCGGAUCGGAGAAGUUGUUAGUGGAGGAGGAGUAAACUAUUGCUAGCAGGUUCGCACAAUGCCUUCCAGUCCAUUAUAUUACAUUUUUUUUCGUUGUGGCGGCAUGACAACAUGGGGGAUGAGAUAUAUCUUGCAGCCCCUUGUAGUCCUUGGUCAUUCAUAACAUUGAUUUUUUUACACCCCUAAGAACAUGAGUAACCUUGUAUUUGGUUUCGGUUGAGCCUCUAUUAUAAAAUGACAAUAAAUCAAGUCCAGGUGACUCGAACAGAUGGCUCGUGAAAUGUUCUGUAAAAUAAAGGAAGCAACAUCUCUGGGGUGGGGUUUGUACGAAAGCAAGCAUGAUAAUUCGCCAACAAUUGGUUACGAUUUUGGCUUUUGCGGUAGAUGAAAUGCUUGUAUUAUGAUGAAAAGCUAAAUUCUCAGUGUCUUUAA